GGAAGUGGAAGUUGAUCUUGCAAACGAGGUUGCGAGUGGAGGUUUGCGAUGGCUUUUUCAGGCCCAAAUAAAGACAGUAUCCGAGCAGGAUGCAAGAAGUGUGGAUAUCCUGGCCAUCUAACUUUUGAGUGUCGAAAUUUUGUUCGUGUGGACCCUAAAAAAGAUAUUGUUCUGGACGUCAGUAGUACCAGUAGUGAGGACACGGAAGAAGAAGAAGAACUUAAGCAAUUGCAGGAAAUUAUUAAUGAAAAAGAAACAAAACCAGAUGAUGAGAAGAGAGACCAUCACAAGAAGAAAAGGAAAGAUAAAAGAGGUGAACAAAGAAAAAGAUCCCGUUCAUCCAGUGAAGACAGAAGUGAAAAAAGGAGCAGGAAACAUCAUGUUAUUAAGAAGAAAAAGAAAAAUAAGAAACGAAAACAUAGAAGUCACAAGCAUCACCAGAAAGUUAAGAAGAAAAAGGACCAAGCCACUUCUUCAUCGUCAUCAGAAAGUUUUAGUUCCUCUUCUGAUAGUGAUUGACUGAUUCCAUACACUUUUCUAGUCACAGAUCUGUAACGGAAGGCAGUUUGUUUUUAAAUACUUUUCUGUGUGGUGGGGAAUGACUCCCAGUUUUGUGAACAUUUCUUUGCAAAUUAGAGACUGCUGCAAAUUAUUCAAAUUUAUAAGAAAUAUACACCUUAUUCCAGUGGAAGUUUUGUUUGUCAUUUUCUUUUGUUGCUGAAUUGUACACGGAAAAUGUUUGAACAGUUUACAAUAUCACUUAUUGAAAACUCAAAUGAUCAUUAAUAGUGAAGGAUUACCAUUUGAUACCUCAAAGUCAGUAUUUGAUCCAUUACACAGACUAUACAAUGCACUCAAACAAAUAUUUUUAAAAAUUCAGUAUUUAUAAAGAAUGUUUUUUGGACAGCUUUCCAAUACAAUCAAUAUAAUUAUUGGAUUUAUCUCUAUGUUUAGAAAUGUAGUAUGGAACUGUUCUUUAUGUAACAGUCUUACAGUUUAUUGACAUUUCCCUGCUUAUUUUUAAAAAUAUGUAUUUCUGUAAAUGUAUAUAAUUCAACUGAUUCAUUUUAACUCAGACAUCUUUUUGUAAUAGCCUAAUUCUGACUGACAUGCCGGACAAAACUUCCUCAAUAAUUUGUCUUUCCUCAAAGAUCAGUUCCAGUAAUAUGAUACAUUUUUGACUGUAGGAUCAAUUUUAAAACAUUUGGAGUAAACUCCAGUAAAUUAUUCGUUACCCUAGUUUAUAAGCAAUGCCACACAAUAAUAUUCAGUAAGAAAAUAGUUUUGGAAUAAUGUUUCAAAACAUUCUGCUCUAUCUGUUGUAAGCAAAUUUAUUUUUUUAAAAUAUACAUAGCUAGUUAAUGUAAACCUGGUCUUUACUGGUGUAUAAUAAUUGCUCUGUUGUAUUAAGUAAAUUAUUAUUUGUACCCAAGAAAUGGUAUUCAUAGACAUGGCAAAGUGAACCAGUAUUUUAGAGGGGAGGCAGUAGAUUUUUCUCAGGUCAAUGUAGCAUAGUGUCAGAAGGUUUUUAUAUCUGCUUCAGAAUUGCUUUGGCCCAUUGUUGCUUUAUUGUCAUAUUCAGAAUAAUUCCACUGUUAUCCCAAUAUAGAACAAUUUCAAUGCAGUUUCCACUCUCUGUCUCCCGUGUUCAUCCAUUUCCUGUAAGUGCCUGAAGCUUUUCAUCCUUAUGAUCUCCAGUUCUAGAUGUCUCCAGCAGGGGAAAUAUAAAAUCCACUCUGUCAAGUUCCAUCAGAACCCUGUAUGUUUCAGUGAGGUUCAAUCUUUCUUAGUAAGUUAGCCCUCUAUCCUGGAAAUACUUCAAAUGAAACUGCUCUCCAUUGACAGUGGUUUAUUAGGUUAAUUUCUUGGAUGGAGUUUAUAGUAUUGAAGUGUGACCUCAUUAGUAUCUGAAUUCUUGAAGCUUGUGUUCCCUACAUCUGUACACCACAAUUCUUGCAAUAAAGUUCAAUAGUCCAUUUGCCUUCAAAAUAUGUAAAAUUUGGUACUUAGGUGUGUGGUUUAUUAAAAACUCAUUAUCUGGGAUUUAAUAGGAUUGAAGUAAUGGUACUCACUGCUAAUCUUGAAGGGUAGCAAUAUCUGUAAUUGAAAUUUUCUCCUCUCUAGCAUAUUAGUGUCAGUCAUCAGUUCAUAGAGAAUUCUGGCAUAAUGACAUAAUCAGAUAAGCCUGGAAGUUAAAUACAAUAAAGAUUUUUUAUGCAGCAAACAUAAAAUUAAAAGUCAUUUUGGUAUAUUUUAGCAGACACUGGGAUAUAAUGCUUCUUUCAAAUGAAGUCCGUAAUGUUUUAAUAUGGAAAUUACUGUAUCUGUACACAAAACAAAACAUGAGCGUUUUCUAAAUACUGUAUUAUGUAAUUUUAUCAAUCUGCUUAAAACAUGCAUUAAAAUUGAC